UCGAAAAGUGUGCGCGUGGAUGAUUUGAGAAGCUAAUAAAAUCGUAAUACAAAAGUCUUACUCAGAUCACUCUCUCUCUCCUCGUCAACACUGCGAAUCCUUGACCAUUCGUCUUGCUCAGAGAUGUGGAGAUACUGCUUCUGUUUACCGUUGCUACUCUUUGAUAUUGGUGUGGCCAAAGCUUCCGACUCGUCUGCGUCGAUUUUCCUCCCUAGUCAAACCGGGGUCGACGGUUCACGGAGUCCGGUCUGCUCUUCGCCGGAUCCGAACCUGAACUACAGGCCGGUCAUCGGGAUUCUGAGCCACCCUGGCGAUGGCGCGUCGGGUCGGCUGACCAACGAUACCAGCUCCACGUACAUCGCGGCUUCGUAUGUGAAGUUCGCCGAGGCAGGUGGAGCACGUGUUAUCCCUCUCAUCUACAACGAGCCUGAACGACUUCUCUUCCAGAAGCUAGAAUUGGUCAAUGGUGUGAUCUUCACUGGUGGUUGGGCUAAAAAAUAUCAAUAUUUCGACAUCGUCAAAAAAAUCUUCAAUGUUCUGUUUGGCUUCGUGUUACCUGGAACAUUUUCUGUCUAUAACACAAUUCCAAUAUUCUUUAUGUUGCUACACAGAAAGCUUUGGAGAGAAAUGAUGCUGGAGAGCAUUUUCCAGUAUAUGGCAUUUGCCUCGGAUUCGAGCUUAUGUCAAUUAUCAUUAGUCAGAACAGAGACAUUCUUGAAAGAUUUGAUGCAGAAGAUAAUGCAUCAAGUCUCCAGUUCGUUGAAAAUGUUAAUAUCCAAGGAACUCUAUUCCAAAGAGUUGUUGAAAAAACUCAGUACAGACUGUUUGGUUAUGCAGAAACACAAGUAUGGUAUCACACCAGCAAACUUUCGAGGAAACCCUGCUCUGUCUAGUUUCUUUGAAAUCAUUACAACUUGCGUUGAUGAAAACAGCAAGACUUAUGUUUCAACUGUUAAAGCAAAGAGAUACCCAAUAACUGGCUUCCAGUGGCAUCCUGAGAAAAAUGCAUUUGAAUGGGGAUCAUCUCAAAUUCCACACUCUGAGGACGCGAUUCAGGUGACACAACAUGCUGCAAGUUAUCUAGUCAGUGAAGCUAGGAAGUCAAAGAACAGACCAGAAUCUAAGAAAGUGUUGAGUAACCUCAUAUACAACUACAAGCCUACGUACUGCGGAUAUGCAGGGAGGGGUUACGACGAGGUUUACCUUUUCACACAACCAAGAGCCCGUUUCUAAGAAAGUCCUCUUGGUCUCGUGUUUGCUCAAGUGAACCAGUUAUAUGUGUACGUUCUAUGAUCUGAACUUGGGUAACUCUUGAGAGUUUAAUGAGUCGAUUGUUUCGCGCUGUCUACAUGAUUUUCCUAUUUAGAUGGUUGAUUUUUUCUUUGGAAUUAUAUCAUUUCCAAGGAGUUAGUUUUAUUUGGUUCGUAUGUC